AUGAGUGAAGCGGAAGAGAGACAAGACCUCAAAGCUUCAAGUCAUCUUGGAGGAGGAUUUAUGCUCAAAGAGGCCAGGUUAUCGAGCGGUAUCCCCAGGGGCUUACAGUCUCAAGGCCGUGGAGCAAAUGUCGCCCCGAGCGAUCUUCAGCGACACCAAAGGGGCAGUUUAAACCCUAUUCUAGCUUUAUCGAUAUUGUGGAGGCGUCGCGGGGACUUGCCGGCUUCAAGCCUCGCUCUCGAAAACAGGACGAAAUUUCGCAAAGUCGUUAAAGUCGAGUCUAAGAAACCCGAACAUCAGGCUCAACUUGACGGUUCACGCAGCCCAUUGAAGCCCAUACUACCACUAAAACAGGAGGAUUUAAUUGAGAAUCUCAUCCCCGGAUUUGGAUUAACCAGAGCUCGGAUCAUUGGACCGAUCAACAGUUCGCGGGGCUCUAGCAACUUGCUGAUCGGCAAUCCUCUAAGAGUGCAGUGCCUAGGUAGCUCUCCUGGUCUGCGCAACACUGAAUCAUGGCAUGAGAAGCUCGAGACACCGCUGCCGAUGCCUAAUCGCCUAGCAACGGCAGAGGCUUCCCCAUUCACGGGCAUGGACUGGAACGCGUGGGACUCCCACAUCCAGACGGGAGGGCCGAACGGUAUCUCUAAAGGUAGCGUCUACGGGGUGCUCCAUUGCGAUACUCCCGGUUGCCGACGCCAGAAUGGGUUUCUGACUCCAAGUAACCUCUUGCGGCACAAGAAGAGUGUGCACCGGAUCAGGUUGAGUGACGAUAAAUGCCAAUGCGCGUCGGAGAAUUGUAAGGCGUGUAAGGCGAAGGGCAGGAUCUGGCCAAGGUUGGACAACUUUAAACAACACGUCGCUCGGAUGCAUCGCGAUGAGGAUGCCGAUGACCUCAUCCGAAGAUCGAAACACAAGUUGAAUCAUCAAUCAGAAACCCCUCCCUCUCCUCAUACUAUAUCGCAAGGAGCGCUACCCGAAGCCAGAGGCAACAUACUGCAGCCUGCUUUUGCGCUGAAGAAGCCUUUCCACCUAGCUGAUAGAGGGCCGUCCUGCUUGUAUAGACACUACACCAUCUCCCAGGAUACUACAAACACAGAGUUCCAGAACAGACGAAGAUUGCUUGCGGUCAAAGAUCGUACGACAGUCAUCCCUGCAAAGUCCAAGAGCACAAGCGGAGAAGCACUGAGCGUAAUCGGUUCGAAUCGAAAUUUAGGACCGUUACGUAGCUUGAUGGAACAGAGCUCAUGCAUGGGCUAG